UCUUCUCCUGUGCCAAAGAUGUCCGUGAACAGACCUGCUCUGGCUAUGUGCAACACACACUGUCUCAAAGUAUGAGAUACGAGCAAAAAGAGCCUCUUGUAAGAAAAGAAGAUGUAUCUGUGGCGCUUCUCCAUCGCCAUUACUUUUGGCUUGGUGUGGUAUUUUUCAGACUGCUGGCGCACAGUGACACAGUACUUGUUAUGUUUUCUCUUUUGUUUUUCUACCUCGCUGUUAUUUGGAAACAGCAUGCGAGAGAUCAGCACUCAAACUGAAGAAGAAACGAAGGAAAAUCCACUCCAGGAAACUGUUGAGGAAGAGUCGUUUGGUGACUUGAAUGACAGAGAAACCAGGGAGCAGGCUGAACCAGUGGAUUCUCAGUAUCCACAGGUGAAGAGGUCCCUUCAGCAAGUGUUUGAGCGUGCCUACGCUCAGCUGGUGCUGCCUUGGUACGGUGUCCUUGAGCCAUGUGAGAACCAGCCUCUGCACCAGGUGCUCAGCAGGGAGUUUGACUUUGUAAUUGACCGGAUCAUUGAGAGAGCAAAAGACUUUGAUGUUUGCCAGGCUGUCGUAGGCUCCAUUCGGAUUUUGACCCAGCACUUGCACAAUGCGAAGCAGUCUGACAGAGCUCUCUUGUUCACUUCCAGAGCAGAAGAGAUUGCAGUUCUCCGAGAGUUUUCUGAAACUCUGGUAUGUAACCUUCUUCCCGAAUCUCUCUGGGGACAAGACGUCAGCCGCUGUGCCUUAAAUGAGAUCGUUGCCUUAAAGGGUUUGGGCCUGUUGGUGACAUGGCUGUCGGACCCCGACAACCUGAACCAGCUGGUGGUGAGCCAGCUUGACAGCGUGACCCCCAAAGGCUCUGUGGAUGAGCUGUGUGGAUCAGACCCAGAUCAAGCCUCGCUGGCUUCACACGAGGGCGAAGGCGAGGCCGAGGGCAGUGAAGUGGGCUUGGAGAGAGCAGGGAUUUCAAACGGCACUAGGAUCGAGGCCAAAAGUAAAGGUAACAAGUUAAAAGAAGGAUGGUCAAAAUUUGUUGACAAGAUGAAGCCCAAGAAGACCAAGAAAAAUAAGAUAAUGAAGAAGGAGCCAACAGGGAUGAGGACCAUGGCGAUCCAGGAAAACCAGGACACCAGGGAGGAGUCCAUUCUCAGCCAGCAGGACUCUGACAGGGAGGACAGUGAUCUGGAUAACUACCUGACAAGCGUCCAAGAGGACAUGAUGGAAUUCAAGCUGUCAUACGAGAUGUGGCGUGCCGGCCGCUGGGCUGUCAGCAUCCCUCAUACCGACUGGGAGGAUAAAGAGAUAAUCUUCACUGUUCACCUGGAGGAGAAGGACAGCCCUGAGAACCUACAUUGGGACAUCAGGAAGACCUACAUGGAUGUUGUGUACUUUUGCAACAGAUGGCAGGACUCGAUCCGGCUGCCCACAAUCCUGGUGCCGGAGGAGUCAGAGAUCACAGAUGAGGUCAAAGAAGAAGCGAAGGGAUCAUUGGAGAACUUCCUGCAGGAAUUAGUUUCUGAUGAUCUAAUCGGCCGCAGUCAGCCAGUUUUUCAGUUCCUCUGCCCACUUGACAAACUACUGAAUGAGGAGGAACAUUAUGGAGGUGUCUGGGGCCUUCUGAGUGGCUUGGCUUACUUCCUGACUCCAGGUCAAGAGGAAGAAGAGAACUCUAGUCCUCAGACAGAGGCCCCGAAAGAAAUCACAAUGACAUCUUCACAUCCUGAAUCCACAACUCUGCCUUUAGAAAACCCUGGUGCCUCUACUGAGAAGGGCAACAAUGUUACUGGUACUACAAUCCCAACUAUUGUUAUCUUGGAAGAUCAUUCUGAUUCAGUGCCGCCAGAGGAAGCAGAAACACAAAAGGAGCUGGAGCCUGCAAAUAAAAACUGCUCCCCCAACAAAACAGAGGACUCUAGUAAUGCCUUAACCUCUCCCUUUAAAAUGUUCAAGGGACUGAUACAAUCCAGGUCACUAGAGUCCUUGCUCUCAACAAGAACCACCAGUGAUAAAGACUCACCUGUGUCAGACUCCACAGCGCACUGCAGACAAAAUGGAGAGUUUCAGGGGAUAGCACGGAAGGUCCAUCGUGGUGUCACUUCAGUGCAAAGUCAAAUAAAAAGGACAAAAUAUGUUUCAAGAUGUCAGGUGGAGCAAACAAGACUAAAGGGAAGGACCAGGACACUUUGCCGAGAGGGGAGGACUCCCAGUGUCAGAAGAGCCAAGAGCCACAAAAGCCAGGCCAGCUGGAGGCAACAAAAGCCAUAUUUGAUCUGCUGAAAGAAAUUUCUGGGAACUCCAUCCUCAUAAACAUAUUUGAUGCCAUUUUGAAACCCUUUAUGCCCAUCUUGAAAAAGUAAAAAAGUGAACUCUUUCCUAAACAAGAUGAACCCAUCAGAAGUGCAGAUGGCUACAUACAUCGAUGCUGUGCGUGAAAAACAGUGGCCAGAGAUUCAACCAGCUGCACCGCCUCCACCUCGUCCUCCUCGCACAGACGAGGAGAAGAACGAGACCAGGGCCAGAGCGCACAACCUGAUGAAUGCCAAAUGUUCAAACUAUCUUGUCCUAAAGAAGACAGACGUGGAGUCUGUUUUUAAUCUGUUCCAGGACCGUGAAAAAAACAAAAUGCUCGUACAUAUGCUCCUGUCAUUCCUAUUGAGGAAAUUGUUUCCCAGUGAGCAUUCUCUAAAUGUGAGCGCUGCUGCCUUACAGAAAGUGACCAACCUCACUAACUGAUCUGUGAACCCUUGAUUGUGAUUUGGGGGGGGGUUGUUUUUUGACAUUUUAGAAUAUCAAAUUAUUUAUUUAUCUCAGACACUCCAUUAUGUCGUUUUUACGGUGAACAUUUUGUGAAUUUCCUUUUGGCUUUUAUUUUAAAUAAAUAAAUUAAAUUUUAUUUUGCAUAGUGUAGAAUUACAGAAUUUUAAUUUAUUACCAUUGAUAACUUGUUUGAAGUCAGAAAUACUUUGUGGGAACAGGCUUUAAAAAUUGUAUUUUUGUUGUGAAAUUUAGAGGUAAAAGUCAAGUUUAUUUCAUGUUUACAGUUGAAAUUUCACCCUUCACAUUUUAAUGUAAAAGAAUAAAAAUUUU